CAAUGAUUCAUUCUUGCAUUCGAAGUAACAUGAUUGGGGUGGCCCUCCAAGUAGGAUGCCACUUAGGACCACUAAAUGAUUAAUAACAGCCCUGCACAUGUGAGCACUUUUCAUCCUGGAGUUACAUUUCACUUCUCUUUUGCACUAAGCCCUUAAGCCAUCAUUGAUCAUAUAAGGAUAUUAAGAAAAUUAGAAACCAGGGCUAACUUCUUUGUCCUCAAAUUUCUCCUUUUAGACACUGUACACUCAUGAUAAAGCAUACCCUGCUGAAAAAGAAACAGACUUGCAUGAUUUCCAUACUGGUGUAAUGUGAUUUAUGCUGGUUUAGCUGGUCAGUCAGCACGGUCAUGGUAGUUGACCAGCAUUCAAAACACAACGUACUAGCUUUGCUGAUACAUGCUGUUUGUUAAGCAGGGAUUACUGAGCUGUUUGGAGGGCUGGACUUGAAAAGUCAUGAGCAGGACAAAUAAGUACACGUAGAAAGGAUAAAUACUCAUUCAAACAUUGUCACGAAAAUGUGUACGUGUUGAAUGACCCUACGAAGGCAGUGUGCCACACACACACUUGUUUGGCCGGAACGUUUGGGACGGUGGUGAGUUUCCAGACGACGCAAAAUAAUGUAGGACAUCCAGCGGUCACAUUGGAGUGACUGACAGAGCUAUUUAAUGCAAUCUAUGAUUUAUUUAUUAGACUAAAUAACAUGCGAUCAUGUAUUCUAAUAGACUUGGACAACUCGCUUGCAGACCCUUCACUAAGGCCAAGUUGCAGUGGCCUUGUGCGAUGAAGCAGCACAGACACUUACAACCGCGCCUGCUUGUCCAGAGUGGGCGGAUGGUCUCCCACAGCACUGUGGACCCAGCUGAAGUGAGGAAGUUCCAGGCGCUAGCCAGCAGGUGGUGGGAUGAGCAGGGCGAGUUUGGGGUGUUGCACGCCAUGAAUGAGCUGAGGGUGCCCUUUAUACGGGAUAACCUGUUGAAUGUGCACAGUGUGCGGCAGAUGGGCAGACCACUCUCUGGACUCAGGAUUCUGGACGUUGGCUGUGGUGGUGGCCUGCUGACUGAGCCCCUGGCCCGACUGGGUGCAGAUUUGUUGGGGAUUGACCCGGUGCAGGACAGCGUGCGGAUUGCAGAGCUGCACCUGUCACAUGACCCAGCGCUGAGUGGGCGUGUACAAUACAGAGCCUGCAGCCUGGAGGAGUUGGUUGAGGAAGAGGAGGAGGCGAAAGAGGGCUUCCAUGCUGUUCUCGCUUCAGAAGUGUUGGAGCACCUGGCUGAUCUAAACACCUUCAUAGACUCCUGCCACCAUGUACUAAAGCUGUCCUAUGUUCUGGGCAUCGUUCUGGCCGAGCAGAUUCUUCGGAUUGUACCUAGAGGAACUCACGACUGGGAGAAGUUUAUCAGCCCUGUGGAGCUGGAGACGCUGCUGGAGUCCACUGGUUUCAGUGUGGAGUGUAUCCGCGGCAUGUUGUAUAAUCCUGUUUCCGGCGCAUGGAGUUGGCAGCAGAGCGCGGCCAUCAACUACGCUCUACAUGCCCUCAAACGGAGGGAGGAGCCACAGCCGGACCGAGUCCAGACAGAGGGUGAAAAAGUGGAUGAAGUUGCACAUGCUGCCGGCCAAUACUAAGCUCGAAUGGUAAUGCAAGUUCAGGAUUCAGACUGCUGAAAAAAUCUAAUUUAAGCAGUUUUCCUCCUUACACCAAACAGACAGUCAGUCAGCCAAGACGUGUUUAGUGUCUGAAGGUUGCCUGUUUAGUUUUGCACUAGGCUAAUGAGGCUAACAAAUACUAGAAGCCUAUAACCCGCUAAUUUAGUAUGAAAUCAUUGCACACUUCCCUCAAACCAUGUAGAGUUGUUAAGUAAUCUCAUAUAGACUUGGAAAAAAGUACAUUACGUAGCUAAAAACAGUAGAAGCAAUUUUGUCCAUACAUUUUUGCAAAACUAAAGAAGCAGAUUUUGGAUAUCAAGCAUAUGUUGGCUGAUCCACUGCAUUUGAGGAGGAAACUGAGUAAAUUAGAUUUUUUGCCAGAUUGUCGCUUUAAUAUGUCAGAAGAUCAUUUGCUGCUGCAUGGAUGUACAUGCACACAUACAUACACACACAUUCUGCAUAGUUGCCAUGAAGGUUCAUGUUGUGUCUGCUUGUAGUGUUUUCAUUACUCCAAUUUUCAACAGUCUGAAGGUUAUGGUGAGAAGUGAUAGUACAUUGAAAUUUGUGUGCAUUUCUUUAUCUGUUUAACACAGUAUAUUCCUAUAAAUUCAUAUUUAAAGAUACACACAUGGCUUCCUGCUGGCAGUAAUAACAUGUUAAAGGACAUUAUGGAUUUCUUCUUAUAUUCUGUAUAAUAAUCUGUUUGUACUUUAAAGAUAAUUGCAAUAAAAUAAAUAUUUUUUUCUGAA